CUCAGCCAUGCGGGGGUCGCCUGAACUCCAAGGAUGCUGGGUACAUCACCUCCCCGGGGUACCCCAAUGACUACCCCUCCCACCAGAACUGUGAGUGGGUCAUCUAUGCUCCUGAAUCCAACCAGAAGAUUAUCCUCAACUUCAACCCUCACUUUGAAAUUGAAAAACAUGACUGCAAGUAUGACUACAUCGAGAUCCGAGAUGGGGACAGUGAAGCAGCAGACCUGCUGGGCAAACACUGUGGGAACAUAGCACCUCCUACCAUCAUCUCUUCUGGCCCCUCUCUCUAUAUCAAGUUCACUUCAGACUAUGCACGGCAAGGUGCCGGCUUCUCUCUGCGCUAUGAGAUCUACAAGACAGGCUCUGAGGACUGCUCCAGAAACUUCACUGCCUCCAACGGCACUAUUGAGUCUCCAGGUUUCCCUGACAAGUAUCCACACAACCUGGACUGCAUCUUCACCAUCAUAGCCAAGCCAAAGACAGAAAUCCUCCUCCACUUUGUGCUUUUUGACCUCGAGCAUGACCCACUGCAGUCAGGGGAAGAAGACUGCAAGUAUGACUGGCUGGACAUCUGGGAUGGCAUCCCUCAAGUUGGCCCCUUGAUAGGCAGAUACUGUGGUACUAAGAUGCCAUCAGACAUCCGGUCGACCACUGGUGUCCUCUCCCUCACCUUCCACACGGACUUGGCAGUGGCUAAGGACGGUUUCUCUGCUCAGUACUACUUGAUCCAUCAUGAAGUCCCAGAAAACUUUCAGUGCAAUGUGCCUCUGGGGAUGGAGUCUGGCAGGAUCUCCAACAUGCAGAUCAGUGCCUCCUCCACCGACUCAGGUGGGCGAUGGACCCCACAACAGAGCCGGCUCAACAGCGAUGACAAUGGCUGGACCCCCAAUGUAGACAGCAACAAAGAGUACCUCCAGGUGGACCUCCACUUCCUGACUGUGCUCACAGCCAUUGCCACACAGGGUGCCAUAUCCAGAGAAACCCAGAAUGGCUACUAUGUCCGUACCUACAAGCUGGAGGUCAGCACCAAUGGGGAGGACUGGAUGAUGUAUCGACAUGGGAAAAACCACAAGACAUUUCAGGCCAAUGAGGAUGCCACGGAGGUGGUUCUCAACAAGAUCCACAGCCCAGUGCUCACGCGCUUUGUGCGUAUCCGUCCCCAGACCUGGCACAAUGGCAUUGCCCUGAGGCUGGAGCUGUAUGGCUGCCGCAUCACUGAUUCACCCUGCUCCAGCUUGCUGGGAAUGCUUUCUGGCCUCAUUCCUGACUCACAGAUCUCAGCCUCUUCCAUCAGAGGCUAUGACUGGUCUCCCAGCAUGGCCCGCCUGGUGAGCAGCCGCUCAGGAUGGUUUCCUCGUGUGCCCCAAGCCCAGCCUGGGGAGGAAUGGCUGCAGGUGGACCUUGGUGUCCCAAAGAAUAUCAAAGGCGUCAUUAUCCAGGGGGCUCGUGGAGGGGACAGUGUGAUCACCACCGAGUCCCGCUCCUUUGUGAAGAAAUUUAAGGUGGCCUACAGCAUGAAUGGAAAGGACUGGGACUUCAUCCAGGACCCCAAAACAAUGCAAGCCAAGCUUUUUGAAGGCAACAUCCACUACGAUAUCCCUGAAAUCCGGAGGUUUGAUCCUGUUCCUGCCCAGUACAUCCGAGUGCACCCAGAGAGGUGGUCCCCAGCGGGAAUAGGAAUGCGUCUGGAGGUUCUGGGCUGUGACUGGACAGAUGUAAAGCCCACUGCAGAGACACUGGUGCCCACUUUGAAGAGCGAAGAGACCACCACCCCAUACCCAACUGAUGAAGAAGCAACUGAGUGUGGUGACAGCUGUGGAGAAGAGGAGGAUUUCCAACUCCCUGCAAACUUCAACUGCAACUUUGAUCUUCCUGAAGACCUCUGUGGUUGGUCACAUGACUUGGCAACUGGUUAUACAUGGUCUUUUCAGCCUACAAGCACCUGGAUUGGAAACUCUGAACCAAGUCCUGAGACUGUGCCUGAUAUCAAGAAUUACCUGCAGCUGCAAAGCAGCGGAAGGCGGGAAGGCCAGCGAGCUCGGCUAAUCAGCCCCACCAUCUAUCUGCCCCAGACUGCUGUCUGCAUGGUUUUCCAAUACCAGGCAUGGGGCAGCAAUGGGGUGAUGCUGCGGGUCUGGCGGGAAGCCAGCCAGGAGCACAAGGCACUAUGGGUCAUCAUGGAGGACCAAGGGGAGGAGUGGAGGGAAGGCCGCAUCAUCUUGCCAAGCUACGACAUGGAGUACCGGAUUGUGUUUGAGGGAUUUAUACGCAAUGGCCACUCGGGAGAGCUCGCCCUUGAUGACAUCCGGAUAGGCACCGACAUCCCUCUGGAGAACUGUAUGGAACCCAUCACAGCUUUCCCAGUGAACUUCCCAAGAGUGGAGGAUGACUUUCCAAGCUCUGAGCAAGACUUUGAGGACAACAAUGAUCCAG